GCCACGUGUGCUCGUGUUUUGACAAUGCUCCCAGAGGCUAACGGGAAAUAGAACUUGGAAAGCUAGCUCUGUUGUGAUGAAAAAUACGUUGUUAAAAAAUUCAUCAUUUGAAACCUAUUUCUGAACAAUUGACAAUCAGGUUUAUUUGAAACAACAGACCCGUACGAAUGGACUAAGAAAAGAGUUGAAAGUGCUUUGUCUCGUGUAACUAUUUUCGUGCAGAAACUUUUCAGAAGUGUUGCAACGUUUGCAAGGGAAAGUGAUUUUCGAUGAAAGUUGUUUGUUAGUAUACGCCCGAAUCGUCCAAUGCUAGUGUGCUCCAGGAUAGAGCAAAAUCAAAAAUCCUUUCCGACCAAAAGGGGGCAAAGAAAGUGCGAAAAAUAGUGCCUUGCGUGGGUGUUGCUUCUUUCCAAUACUGGCGCGAAUUUUACAAAGCAUGAAACGGCACUGCCCAAUUGAAUAAAGGCGUGCGAUGUUGAACUCCAAUUGCAUUUGAGCUCAAGUUUGAAAGGAUGGUGCAUGUUUGAACCCUUCAUGUAACCUUCUGACAGCAUUUAAGAAAUGCGCCCUCGAUAUAGUCAUUUCGUCACGCAAAAGAACACCUCCACCGGUACCGAUGCCAGUGUAGACCCCAUAAGCUCAGUAACCAAUCCAACAUGCCUACUAGUAUGUAUGUCGUGAGAAAUUGAACCGUCGAUUGGAAUAUUAAUGAUAGCUCACCGAAGGACCACUCAAAAUGGCACCACCGGGUCUUCCCAGGGAGCGGAGAAAGAAAGCCCACGGCCUGUACUUCCAUUCAUCGCCACCAAAAGAUCGCAGCACAUCAUGUUUGCCAGCCACUUCUCUAUGGGAGGAAAAUGUGGCUAUUUCACACGUAAAAUAUUACAUCACACUUUGAUGUGAGGCUUGGCUGUCUAUGAAUUCAAAUUGCUUUAUUUCUAUAGUUGUCAGUAUUACAAAUGAACAAUCAAAACCUUCAACGAGACAAUGAUGGCAGGGCCAAGGAUGUGAUAAAACCAUCCAACAUUAGAAUAUGGCUGCACCAGAAGCGAAUGUCGAAGCUAGCCAAAGUACUAUGGGCUGGUCAAGGAAUGCGUCUUCGUACCGAAACUUCGCAUCACCCCAAAAUGAAGCGGUUUUUGGAAUGCGUUCCCCAUGUUAUGGGUGUCAUCAAAGACAUACAUCAGGCCGUGGUCGACAACGAUCUGGAGAUGCUGAAAGAAAAAACGGCUGCGCCAAUGCCUCGGGUUGUAUUGACCAGCAAGGAUACAAACGGGUUGACCCCGUUGCAUAAAGCUGCCGGUUUAGCGCACACACAAAUUGUUGAGCACAUUCUGUCUAUCUGGCCGAGUCUCUCUUCGGACGAGGAUCACACCGGAAAAACACCUCUGCAUUGGGCGGCAAGUGCAAAAAAUAAUGCACGCAGCUUCAAUCUGCUUGUGCAGGCCGGUGCAGACGAAACCGCCCUUGAUCAUAGAGACAAACCGGCCGAGUAUUACAAAAACAAACCGAACGAGAUUGAUCGCUCGUUGCUUACGGUCAUUCCCGAGGCACCACGAAUAUCACAGCAGGGUUUCCCGAGCUAUUUCGACUGGAACAUGUUUACCCUCGAGGAGGAUUCCGACGAUAGCAACGGUUCGCAAGCGAGAAUGAAACCAUUUUUAUCGCAAAAUAACUUACUAGAUAACGAUGUAAAUAAUCUCAGUAGUGUUUCUAAGUCUAAAUCAGUGCACAAUCUAACUAACGGGACGCUAACCGAUCUCCCGAAUGAUGAAAGCGAGAGCGAAAUCAACAACAAGAAUGAAGCAGAACCAACCGCUGAAGCCGAUCAAGGUGGAUCGAUUAGUGCUGAUGCCGCGGUUCAGGACGAAGAAUUCGAUGUAGAGGAAAGUAAAGCUGCAGAAAAUAUGCCACAGACAGAAGAAGAUCCUGCAGAAGACACUACUAAGGAAACUACAAGCGAACAAGAAAUCAUAGAAUCAACAAAUCUUAGUGAACCAAAUGGAACCGAUAUCCAACAGAUGGAGAAUGAAAACAGCAUUGUAAACGGAAACACAACGGAGGAAGAGAACGAGGUAAAUGGCGAUCUUGAGGCAACACUCAAUGAUCAAGAUCAGAGUGAAAAUAAGUAUGAACAUGAGAUGAUUACUCCAACUAGCGCUAAGAGACUCAAUGAACAAGAUCCAGAUAAGUCCUUAUGCGAUGGUGGAUUGACAUAUGGCGGGAUGACAGGCGACACAAGUUAUCAACUAGACGUUGAGAAUAAUACUGGUGAUGCAGAAGAAAAUGUUGAAAACACACGAGAGGCAGUUGAUGGAAUACAUUCAAAACAAGAUGAUGAUUCUGAAGGUAUUGAUCAAGAUAGUUUGAAUAAACCGGAUGAUGAAACUGAUGAAAUCGAUGAAAAUAUGAAUGGCAAUCAAUUUAUCGUUCGACCAUCAACGGAAGUAGAAAAUGCGUCAAACGAAUCAAUAGUCGAAGAUGUUAAUGGAAACAUGCGAUCUUCAGCAAAAUAUAAAGAAGACAAUGAAGAAUCACUAACUUUGUCUCGGCCAGAAGGCACUGACCUGGAUAACGAAUCAGUUGAACUAGUAGAAUCCUCCACCAAAUCAGCUAAAUCAGUAAGAGUCAAAACUGGUUCGGCGAAAAGAGGCUCCGCAAAAAGCCACAGAAAUGGCUCUGCUGUCUCUACGACUGGCUAUACUAGUCAAGCUGAACAAUCAUCCACAAACGAUGCCGAUUCAGCCGAUUCAAGACCAUCCACGACUACCAGUCGUAGUCAGCAGUCUGUUUCAUCGCGAGCACAAUCUACUACAACGGUACGCAAUGUGUCGGCGGCCUUGGCUGAUGGGCGUGGUCAGUCUGCUAAAUCUGUCUCAUCGGAGAAAAGUCGUUCGCAGGUGGAACAAGCCGCCGAUGAAGAGGACAGCAACGACGAUUCUAAUCAAGCCGAUGUUGAAAUUGUCCAUUACGAAAAUAGCAAUGAGGCCGGAAGCGACAACAAUGAUCAAUCGAAGGACAUGCCUGCUGAUAUUGUGGACAAUAGCGGCCAGGGUCAUAUGAACAAGGUCACGGAGAUAAUGGAAGCCAAUAUACCUGUUGACGAUUACACUGCUGAUGCUAUCGUCAAUGCUGAAGAAAGCGUUCGUGGAUCUACCCCAGAUGAGCCUGAUAAAGUUUCCUACAAGGAUAACGAGCCAGAGGUACAGAUAGAGCCUCCCACUCCAGCUCUGGAAUUUGAGGGGACCGUCAAGGGCGAACCGGAUGAAGACCAACUGCACAGUUCUCAGCCAUCCAACAAUUUAGAUCCAUCCCAUGACCGUUCGCUGCAGGAGGUGAUCGACAGUGGUGACAUGGAGCAGCUGGCAGUAAUCGUGCUUAAUGGCAAAGGUGGCAAGCUGCUGGGGCGACGGUCGGAACUGCCGGAAAUACAAGCUUUUUUAGACAACGUGCCUUCCUAUAUGAAUAAAAUUCGCCGUGUUCACAUGGCCGCCCGAGAGGGAAGUUUGCGUGAUUUACAAUCGGCCUUGGACCGGCGGAAAUUUUCAACUGCAAAAGACGAAAUUUCACCCCAUGGCGCAACACCUCUGCACGUGGCUACCAUAUUUGGCCAUUCCGGUAUUGUGCGGUACUUAGCUGGCCGCUUCCCAGAAACCACCAGUGCCACCGAUGAUAACGGUCGAAAUCCGUUGCAUUAUGCGGCAACACUUAAAGAUAACGGCCACUUUUACAACCUGCUGACCCACCUGGGAGCGAAUCCGAAGGCCGAGGAUAACUUGAAUCAUCCAGCUGAAUUUUACUUGGAUUACGAGCAGGCAAAGGAUUUGUUGUCCCAUCGUCAGCUGCUGCAGGACUAUGGCGCUGAGGAGGAUCUGGCCGAUGAGAUGCUAAAUGAUCAAGUGCCAGAUGAUCAGCACAGCGCACGCCGUGAGUUGGACGAUGUCGAUACAUUGACCACACUGGAGCGGUGCUUCAAAAUUAUUCAUGAACCGAUUGAUGACCUUAUCAAAUCGGUAGAGCUUCCAACGAAUAGCGUUCCCGGUAGUGCUUCAUCACUCAGAAUAUUAAUCACAUCCUAUUUGGCGAGGUUUCUGAAGCGAAGUGUGUUUGAUAAAGUGAAAAAACGUCAAACCAAGUUGGACCAUAACCUUUUCGAUGUCAUUUGGCCGGCAAUGAAGAAGGCUACAAAGGAGAAAAAGAUAGACGAGGAUUUGAACGUUGGUGUUGUGAUACCCGAUUACGAUGUGUUUGUAGUUUUCCAAGAAUUCCUAGUACCACUAAUAAAGGACAUGCACUGCAUGGAUCUGCAGCAAGACUUUGUCCCCCAUCCAGCUAUGCAGUUCUUCCCUAGAUACGCUAUCAGUGAGUCACCUACACAACGCCGAGAAGGUAACGGCAACAUUCUCCGGGAGAACCCUGAUGAAAUACAACUCAAUCUGGAUACCUCCGGAAAGUUCAUCGUCGGGGCAGUUAUUGAAUGCGCUCGAAACCUGGAUGAAUUCGAGUUUCCACUUAAUCUAAGCAUAGCACAUCUCGAACGGGUGGAACGCAUUUUGACUGCAAAAAUUCUGUCCCUUGCCUUCGCCAAUGCAACUGGCGAGACUGAACUUGGAACUUACUAUACGAUGAACGAGAUUCUGGAAAAUCCUUCGGAGAUUCGAACAAUUCUUGCUGCCACAGGACUACUAAUUCCGAUGCUAGAUCAUUCGGAUCCAUACCAAACUGCGGAAUCAACUGCAAUCAAUGGUAGAUUCUGGCCAUAUGGUAGAGGAGUCUACGUUAGCCACGAUCAGGAUCUUGUUGCGUGGAUAAAUGCACAAGAACAUUUGCGAGUAAUGUGCUGCACUAGCUCGAAAAAUCCUGCCAACAUAGGAAGCACAUAUUCUAAAAUUGGACGUGCCAUGAACUUCCUGGAUGACAAGAUCCAGUUCAAACACAGUUACUUCCUAGGCCAUCUGGUAUCCCGACCAUCCUUCCUUGGUACUGGUCUGAAGAUUACACUAUCACUAGAACUACCUCAUCUGCGCAAGGAACGAGAAAACCUUCGACAUCUGUGCGUAGUGCGAGAGCUACAUUUGCUCACCUCCGACGACCAACAAACUGUCCGGAUGAGCAAUAUGCGAAGUCUUUCGCAGAGCGAGUGGCAAAUUUUCCAAAACUUCACCAGUGCCAUCACGAACAUCGUAGCCCUCGAGAAGGAUCUCUCCAUGUCCAACUCAUUGCAUAUAGCGGCAACACUGCUGAGGAUAUUUCGUAAGAAAAAGAAUAGCUUGGUGGAGGCGGCGCCAACCCACUAGACGCCCAGUCGCAAGUCUCCACCAUCGCACUGUUCGUCCUCACCAACUCUUAGAGACGUAGCUUCAGCAACAGCAGAUACUUUUACUCGAUGUUUUAAGAUUAAUUUCAUACGUAGUUAGUGUGUGGAUUAUCCACGUUAAUAAGUUCCUGAACAUUUCGUGUACCUAUUGAUCCUCGGUUCGAUAACUGAGCCGAAGUAGUGUGUAGGUGUUAGAAUACAGAAUACAAGGUGUUGGAAAGAUUUUAAAUGGAAAUGACUGCUACUGGAACAUAACGAUUCCCAAGUAGAGAUACCCUUGUUUCGUACGGAAGAAGGCCGAUACCUAGCGACAUGUGAG